AUGUUACCUUACGUCGAUACCAUAUUCGGUUAUCCUGCAAGGCUCACAGGAGCUUCAGUGGAUGAGCUCAAACUUAUUGCAUCAUUCCUGGUCUCCUACCCUUUGGCCGGUCUGCUUAAGAGAAUCCCCGACGCUCAGCCCUGGAAGAAAAAUGUCUUCAUUAUUGCCGUUUCCUUGUUCUAUAUGGUCGGUUUAUUCGAUCUGUGGGAUGGUCUGCGCACUUUGCUCUACAGCGCUGCUGGCACUUACGCCAUCGCAUACUACAUAGACGGCUCACUGAUGCCAUGGAUCGGCUUUAUCUUUCUGAUGGGCCAUAUGUCUAUCAGCCACAUUUAUCGGCAGAUGAUUGACGAUCCCCAAGCGAUUGAUAUCACCGGCGCACAGAUGGUGCUCGUCAUGAAACUUUCCUCCUUCUGCUGGAACAUUCACGAUGGCCGUUUAACGCAAGACAAGCUGUCAGACCCGCAAAAGUACGCUGCUAUUGCACAAUUCCCCAGCAUCCUAGACUACGCGGGAUAUGUCUUGUUCUUUCCAUCCUUAUUUGGGGGUCCGUCUUUCGAAUAUGUGGACUAUCGUCGGUGGCUUGAUACGACGCUUUUCGAGGUGCCUCCAGGAACUGAUCCGUCCAAGGCGCCUCCAACCCGGAAGAAGCGCAAGAUUCCCCGCAGCGGUACGCCUGCCACCAAGAAGGCUUUGAUGGGCCUGGGAUGGAUCUUUGUAUUCUUGCAAUUGGGCUCUCUCUACAAUAAGGAGACGGUGCUUGGAGAAUCCUUCAUGAGCUAUUCUUUCCUUCGACGAGUUUGGAUUCUUCAUAUGCUCGGAUUCACCACACGAACGAAAUAUUACGGGGUAUGGUCUCUCACCGAAGGUGCCUGCAUUCUAUCUGGACUCGGAUACAAUGGCUUUGACCCUAAGACAGGCAAGGUCUUCUGGAACCGCUUGGAGAACAUUGACCCCUGGAGCCUGGAGACGGCCCAAAACUCAUAUGGAUACUUGGGGAGCUGGAACAAGAACACGAACCACUGGCUUCGCAACUAUGUUUACCUGCGUGUGACACCCAAGGGAAAGAAGCCCGGUUUCCGAGCCAGCCUGGCCACCUUCACAACCAGCGCAUUUUGGCACGGAUUCUACCCUGGCUACUACCUGACAUUUAUCCUGGGGUCUUUUGUCCAAACAGGAGCCAAAAACUUGCGCCGUUAUGUCCGUCCGUUCUUCUUGACUCCUGAUGGCGCUAAACCUCUGCCUACCAAACGCUAUUAUGAUAUCUUCAGUUGGCUCAUUACGCAGCUCACCAUGACCUUCGUCGUGAUGCCGUUCAUCUUCCUGUCGUUCAGCUCGUCCAUCCAGGUCUGGCAGAGUGUGUAUUUCUACGGCAUUGUCGGAAACAUCCUAUCCAUCAUCUUCUUCGCGAGCCCCGCAAAGGGAUAUCUCGUCAGAUCCUUGAAGAAGCGCAACAAGCCCCACAUCCCGCGUACUGUCAGCAUGGAAAGUAUCCAGCAGCCGACCCUCGGUCUGCCGAACGACCCAGCUCGGGAAUUCGAUGACGCGGUCCAGGAAAUCAAGGCCGAGAUUGAGGCGCGAAGAAGACACGGCAGUGUGGUCGGGAUGCCGACCGGCGAGGAACUGAAGGCCGCCGUGGAAGACAAGCUUGGUCGGAAGAUCUCCUGA